UUACCAUAUUUCAAUGGAUGUUACGCUAAGAUGGCAUAUGUAUGUCAGCUGUUCAAUUCGUGAGCGUGUCACCGCAGCAAUAACGUUAGCCAUUAAUGAAAAGAAGUAGAAGUCCCACGUGCAGACGGUGGAUUUCAUACCUUAAUUAACCCGGAAAUUUCGCAUAGGAAUAAAAAAUGCCACCCAAAAAAGCUCCAGGCCCGAACAAAAAAACGGAGAUGAAAAAGAAGGAGAAAGUGAUAGAGGACAAAACUUUCGGUAUAAAAAAUAAAAAAGGAGCCAAACAGCAAAAGUUCAUUCAGCAAGUAGAGAAGCAGGUUAAAACUGGAGGUCUGAAUCCGCGAAAGAUCGAAGAUCCAGCUGCCAAAAAACUCGAGAAAGAGAAGAAGCUCAAAGAACAGAAGGAACUUGCCCUGAUAUUCAAACCUGUUCAAGUGCAGAAAGUAGACAAAGGAACCGAUCCCAAGUCUGUGGUCUGUGCAUUCUUUAAGCAGGGUCAAUGCACCAAGGGGGAUAAAUGCAAAUUUUCUCAUGACUUGACAAUAGAAAGGAAGGCAGAAAAACGGUCUCUUUACUGUGAUAUGCGUGACGAUGGCGAUGAUAAGGAAGGUGAUACCAUGGACAACUGGGAUGAAGAUAAGCUCAAAGAAGUUGUAGAAAAAAAGCAUGCAGCAGGAGCUAACAAACCUACAACUGACAUUAUUUGCAAACAUUUCUUGGAAGCUGUAGAGAAGUCCAAGUAUGGUUGGUUCUGGGAAUGUCCUUCCGGGGUUAAAUGCAUUUAUAGGCAUGCUUUGCCCCCAGGAUUUGUACUGAAAAAAGACAAAAAGAAGGAAGAAAAAAAAGAUGAAAUCUCCCUCGAGGAUCUUAUCGAAAGAGAAAGGGCUAACUUGGGUCCAAAUCAGACGAAAAUUACUCUGAACAGCUUCUUAGCCUGGAAAAAGAGGAAGUUGAAACAAAAGGCAGAUCAGGCUGUCAAAGAUGAAGAAAAACGUCGCAGUGACUACAAAGCUGGUCAUCAAGUAGGGAUUUCUGGUCGAGAAAUGUUCAGCUUCGAUCCUACGUUGGCAGCUGGUGACGGUAUUGAGGAUGGAGAUGAAGCAUUUGCUUCAUACGAUUUGAGCGAUGAUGAAGAUAGUAAAGGAAUAGAAUACAGAGAAUUGAAUAUGGAUGAACUAGUUUAUGAUGCUAUGGAAGCCAAUACAGAAGGUAUCACAGUUGCUACUGACGAUCGACUCAAAAGUAAUGCAGCUGCUCAAACGAAUGGCGAAACGACAGAAGUAACGAUCCUUGGUGAAGGUGCAACGGCCCUGGCAAUUAAUGAAAAUCUAUUUACUGACGAAGAUCUGGAAGGACUUGAAGAAGAAUUAGGAGACCUGGAUUUAGAGGAGUAAUCCAGCUGUCUCAAUUAUAUUCUCCUCACCCAAACUUUUUUCUCCGGCUGAUUGGAUGAUUCAUUUCAUCACCUGGUCUUUGAUAACUGCUUAUGAUGUCAACAGUCUGUAAAGAUAUUUUUUUUGACAAAUAACAAUUGAGAC